AACAAAUUCGAUGCUAUACCGCACCUGUUGCCGCUGAGCCCUUCUUGAGUGGUACUAGUUCGAACUAUGUGGAGGAAAUGUACUAUGCUUGGUUGGAAAACCCCAAAAGUGUGCAUAAGUCAUGGGACAUAUUUUUCCGCAACACCAAUGCUGGAGCCCCCCCAGGCACUGCCUACCAAAGCCCCCUGCCCCUGAGCCGAGGAUCCCUUUCUGCCAUCGCGCGAGCACAGUCACUGGUAGAGGCCCAGCCCAAUGUUGACAAACUUGUGGAAGACCACUUGGCUGUGCAGUCGCUUAUCAGGGCAUAUCAGAUACGAGGGCACCAUGUAGCACAGCUGGACCCCCUGGGAAUUUUGGAUGCUGAUCUGGACUCCUCCGUGCCAGCUGAUAUUAUCUCAUCCACAGACAAACUUGGGUUUUAUGGACUACAUGAAUCUGACCUUGACAAAGUCUUCCACUUGCCCACCACAACCUUCAUUGGGGGAAAGGAGUCUGCUCUUCCACUUCGGGAGAUCAUCCGUCGCCUGGAGGUUUGAGGAGUUCCUUCAGCGGAAGUGGUCCUCCGAGAAGCGCUUUGGUUUGGAAGGCUGUGAGGUGUUGAUCCCUGCCCUGAAGACCAUCAUUGACAAGUCCAGUGAGAAUGGAGUCGAUUACGUGAUAAUGGGCAUGCCACAUAGAGGGCGACUGAACGUGCUUGCAAAUGUCAUCAGGAAGGAGCUAGAACAGAUCUUCUGUCAGUUUGAUUCAAAGUUGGAGGCAGCUGAUGAGGGCUCUGGAGAUGUGAAGUAUCACUUGGGGAUGUAUCAUCGGAGGAUUAACCGUGUGACAGACAGGAAUAUCACUCUGUCUUUGGUGGCCAACCCUUCCCACCUCGAGGCUGCUGAUCCUGUGGUGAUGGGCAAGACCAAAGCUGAGCAGUUUUACUGUGGGGACACUGAAGGGAAAAAGGUCAUGUCCAUCCUUCUACACGGAGAUGCUGCAUUUGCUGGUCAGGGAAUUGUGUAUGAAACCUUCCACCUCAGUGACCUGCCAUCCUAUACCACACACGGCACUGUGCACGUGGUUGUCAACAACCAGAUUGGCUUCACUACAGACCCUCGGAUGGCCCGGUCUUCUCCCUACCCCACAGACGUGGCUCGUGUGGUGAAUGCCCCCAUUUUCCAUGUGAACUCAGAUGACCCUGAAGCAGUGAUGUAUGUGUGCAAUGUGGCAGCUGAGUGGAGGAGCACCUUCCACAAGGAUGUGGUUGUUGACUUGGUGUGUUACCGGCGCAAUGGCCACAAUGAGAUGGAUGAGCCCAUGUUCACACAACCACUCAUGUACAAGCAGAUCCGCAAGCAGAAACCUGUGCUGCAGAAGUAUGCCGAGCUGCUCAUAUCACAGGGAGUGGUCAAUCAGCCAGAGUAUGAGGAGGAAAUCUCCAAGUACGACAAGAUUUGUGAGGAAGCAUUUGCCAGGUCCAAAGAUGAGAAGAUCUUGCACAUCAAACACUGGCUCGACUCUCCCUGGCCUGGUUUCUUCACCUUGGAUGGGCAGCCAAGGAGCAUGUCUUGCCCCUCCACGGGUUUAACAGAAGAUAUUCUGAUGCAUAUUGGGCGUGUGGCCAGCUCUGUGCCUGUGGAGAACUUCACUAUUCAUGGAGGGCUAAGCCGGAUCCUAAAAACACGGGGAGAGCUGGUAAAGAAUAGGACCGUGGACUGGGCCUUGGCAGAGUAUAUGGCCUUUGGCUCUCUCCUGAAAGAGGGGAUCCACAUCCGGCUGAGUGGCCAAGACGUUGAGCGAGGCACUUUCAGUCACCGACACCAUGUGCUACAUGACCAGAAUGUGGACAAGAGGACUUGCAUCCCCAUGAACCACCUGUGGCCCAAUCAGGCCCCCUACACUGUUUGCAACAGCUCUCUGUCUGAGUAUGGAGUUCUAGGCUUUGAGCUGGGUUUUGCGAUGGCCAGUCCCAAUGCCCUGGUCCUCUGGGAAGCCCAGUUUGGUGACUUCCACAACACAGCCCAGUGCAUUAUUGACCAGUUCAUCUGUCCAGGACAAGCCAAGUGGGUGAGACAGAAUGGCAUCGUGCUUCUGCUGCCCCAUGGCAUGGAGGGCAUGGGUCCAGAACAUUCCUCGGCCAGACCAGAGAGGUUCCUGCAGAUGUGCAAUGAUGAUCCAGAUGUACUGCCGGAUCUGGAGGAAGCCAACUUUGACAUAAAUCAGCUAUAUGACUGCAACUGGGUGGUUGUCAACUGUUCCACCCCUGGCAACUUCUUCCACGUCCUGCGACGCCAGAUUCUCUUGCCCUUUCGGAAGCCGUUAAUCAUCUUCACUCCAAAAUCUCUGCUACGUCACCCUGAAGCAAGAACCAGCUUUGAUGAAAUGCUUCCAGGAACCCAUUUUCAGCGGAUGAUCCCAGAAAAUGGCCCUGCCUCUCAGAACCCAGAGAAUGUCAAGAGACUUCUCUUCUGUACUGGCAAGGUAUACUACGACCUCACCCGAGAACGUGCAGCUCGCAACAUGGCAGAGGAGGUGGCCAUCACAAGAAUUGAGCAGCUCUCCCCAUUCCCCUUCGACCUCCUGCUGAAGGAGGUGCAGAAGUACCCCAAUGCGGAGUUGGCCUGGUGCCAGGAGGAGCACAAGAACCAAGGGUACUAUGACUAUGUGAAACCCCGGCUCCGGACAACCAUCAGCCGCUCCCGGCCUGUCUGGUAUGCUGGCCGGGACCCAGCAGCUGCUCCAGCCACUGGCAAUAAGAAGACCCACCUGACAGAGCUGCAGCGCCUCCUGGACACAGCCUUCAAUCUGGAUGCCUUCAAGAACUUGGCAUAAACCUUGGCCUGAGCUGCCAGCCCCCCUCUCCACACCCAUGACUGCCAUGCUUCUUCACUAAAGAAUAGUGCCUCAGUGCUGC